AGACGCUAAAAGCGGCAGCUGCACCGCCUAGUCAUGACCCAACCCGAUAUCCAGGAACCCGAAACUGACAGUCUCCCACACGUGCUCUGAUCAUCACCAUCAAGCAUCCUCGACCGCGUGGCCUCGACCGUGCCAAGGACAGUCACCCUCGCGAAGCAAUGCAGAGCUGACCCGAGCUAGGGAGCCACAGGCCUUGGUGAUCGCGCGACUCAGCCGUCUUUUCCUUCUUUUUCAGUUUAGAAAAAAAAGAAGAUAGCCUGACGCAGUGAUGCCCACCUUCUUCUCCUUCCAGCAGGGCUCCGAGACCUCGAACCUGCGCUACACCGCCGAUGCGUCCCCCCUACUAGGCCGCUUCCGCGCCGUGCCGCCACCCGAGCACCCGAGCCCUCGUCGAUCCGGAACCAGCAGCCAGGCCCGUCGGGGCCUGCUGUCGUCCGGAUGGCGUGGCAGCGUGCACGUCGGCUACGGGACACUGCUAGCCACCGAGCUGGAAGAGGACGAGGAAGAAGAGGAGGACGAGGGAGAUUAUGACGGUCUAGGUCCUGGGACCGACGUGUACUAUGAGAAAAGCUGUCUUGAGCGCCUACUAUGGCGGUGCCGGAGGUUGGCACGUAGGAUGGAGGAUACGUGGGUGACGCCUCGCGCGAGCGCCGUGAAGAGGGUUGUCGAUAUGUGGUGGAGCCGCUGGACGGUUCUGGUGGUUCUUCCUGCUUUCCUUGCUGUUGCAUGGUGUGCGCUCCCAUUCCCGCAAUAUCCACUUCCCAGCGAUGACGGCGAUGACCAUGCGCCGAGCGAGCCGGGACAAAAUAAGGGACAUAAAGCACCCGGACACGGAGAGGCGAGGGUGCAGGUGAACUUCUGGUUCUUUCUCUUCGUGUACUACGGCUUCUAUAAUGUGACCGCCUUGAUAUGGAUCACCAAAGUCUUCAACCUCUACAGCCUCAACUGGUGGCCGCAGUCGCUGGGGUUUCCCGUAACGGUCUCCGCGAUAGCUACCCUAUCGCUCGCCGCCCCCAUCCCCAUCUACCUCGUCCCGCAGAGCAAGUUCCUGACCGUGCACAACACCGCCUGGAUCACAUGGACCUUCAUCAUCAUGGCCAUGCCCGUAGCCAUCGCCUUCUUCAUCCUCAUGACCAACGAGCGGCACCUCGGCCUGCGGCACAGCCUGUCCGAGACACAGCGCAUCUUCACAUCGUCGUGGUGGACCGGCGAGCCCGAUAACACGCUUUCACGCCGAGAGUCCCGGCGUCUAGCCGGCCUCGCCAACAGCUCGUUCGAUCCGGACCUCGACUCCCUCGAGGUAACCCUCGACAACGACGCCCGGCCCGCCUCCCGGCCCGUCAGGAUGCGGCGGCGGUGGCUGCCGGCGAGCUUCGUGCGCUUCGUCUGGUUCUGCCUGGCACUGCUGAUCGGCUUGCUCGCGUACGUCAUCGGAGAGGCCUACGCCGAGAUCUACCUCCGGACGUUGCCGCACAACAAUCUCGAAACGAUCGUGUACGUUUAUGGAUGGAUCCUGACGGUGUACUUGCUCGACGGGUUGACGGGGUGGAUCCUGGGCGGCAACGAGGGGGAGAGGGUGGGAAGCUAUCCUCUGGGCUUUGUAUUCAAACUCUAUUUCAUGCUCACCUACCAGACCUACGUCCGCGCCCUGUACGCGCGCCUCCGCAGCCCCUCGCAGUUCGUGCUGCUCCAGGUGCUCUCGAGCACAGGCCUGAUCAUCGUCACGCCGUGCCUCAUGUCGGCGCCCUUCCACUGGUUCCUGUCGGCCGUCGGCAUCAACGGCCAGAGCUACGCGGCGUACCAGAAGAUGGCCGUCCGCAACGUCUUCAUCCGCUUCCUGGCCGAGAACGCCAGCAUGCUGGCCUUCCUCGGCAGCGUCGUCGUGCUGCACUUUGGCCCCAACAAGGACGUCUACCCCUACUUCGCCUUCGACGACGAGGCCGCCGGCGGUGCCGGCCCCGGCCGCGACGACGUGUACAACUUCCGCCUGACCUUCUGGGCCUCUUCCAUCACCUGGGCGUGCGAGCUCGUCGCAAGCUUCAUCGUCGCCGGCCUGAUCCGCUGGAUCUUCGGCGUCAGCGUCGUCACCGAGGGGAAGCUCGACCUCGUCGUCUGGCCAGAGCUGCUCCCCACUAGCGUGGCCGUCAUGCUGCACGUGCUGCAGAACAUGCUCUUCUCCAUCAUCCGGCUGCAGUUUCGGUGAGCGAGUGGGAGUUGCCGCCACCCUAGGGGUCCUUCUGGGGAAAAAAGCGGGCCCGGGGGGUGGGGGUGGGAAGGGGGUUCCUUACAGGAUCCUCGCCUGACAUGAAGCAGCGGACCUGCAAGCGAGACGGGACAAGAGAGGUAUUCUCCGGAAAGGGGGGGAGGCAGUUAUAUUACCUCGGUGUGUGGCCUACAGAUGUGAUCCUGUUUUGGCCAUUCGGACCGGUACGCUGCCAACGGCCCGAUGCCAGUUGCUGUUCGCCUGCGGCACGGGCCGGACAAAAUCAGGCCGACGAAGGUUGCUGUGGUGGAAU